CUAAGACCGCACGUGUACCGUCAACCGUGUAUUGUCAACGAAACGCCGCGCGCCUCACCGCACACGUUGACGUUUCCGCCGGUGCGAGCCGAUCGACCACAGUUACGAAAACGGAGAGUCGCGAUUCUCUCCGAUUAAAAAAUACGACUACGGCGGAAGGACAUGUGCCAGUGGUGCGAUGUGAACGAGUGCAACGUACGCGAUCGGUAAAACGGAGCAGUAUCGUCGUAGGGUGUCGAAAAAAGACGAAAAUAGAAGAAGAGGGAGGAAGGGCGGACAGACAGAGGAGAGAUAGAGACCGAGAAGCAGGACGGGUAGGUCGACUUGGUGGUGCUGCGGUGACCCGGUGAAGGCACAACCACCCUGCGCAAUGAUUGUGCGGAGGUGCUUCACACCGACUACGGUACUCGUCGUGUUGACGUUGUUAGGCGAAUUCGAUGGAAACGCGGCAGAACGGUGGUCACGACAAGUAUCCAACAGCGAGUGGAUACCGCUGGCGAACCCGAGGGCCGCUUCCGGUCAGGUGCCGCAGAGCAACACCGGAAGUGGCCUGCUGCCUAGCGGCACGCACUUACCAAAUCCGAUCCAAUCGCUCGCGUUACCGCCUGCUCUUCAGCAACAGUAUCAGGACCAGUUGAUACAGUUGCAGAAAACGCAGGAAAGCAUCCAGAAGCUGCUGCUGCUGCAGCAACAGCUCAAGGCUCAGCAACAAAUCCUUCAGUCUCAGACGUUCCUACCGAGCGGUUUUAGUAAUGUCGAAGACGAGAAGCAAGAACUACCACCGAGCUCAUUGGGCAAUUUACAAACGACGGGCGAACUUUUAGUUCCGCCACAGGUCUCCUCGGAGGCGCUUCCCCCAAUAUAUUCUGCACAGAACUUUCUGCCUCACAGACCUGGCCACGUGCAUCGGCCAAGUCAUCUAGAUCAGAAUCUAGAAGCUAAUCGAGAACUAUCGAGUUUACCGGUUCAAGGUCAAGUCGUGCUACAACAUGGCGAGGACGUGAAUGUAGAGGAUCCUCGAGAAGGUCCGCAUAGUUAUAUGACGAAACAAGGUGGUUACAGACCCGGAGGAAAACGUCCGAAAAUACAACAAAACUCAGAGCUACCGCAAUAUCCUCUGGUCGAAGGCGCCGGAGAUGAGGAAGAGGAGGUGCAGCUGGUGUACGUUCCAGCGGAGACGCUGGCGCAAAAGGGCCAGCAGCCGAAAAGAGGUCGCGGAAGAAAGCCAUAUCACCUUCAUCAGCAGCAGCGUGAGAAUCAAGACGGCAUAGAGCAAGCUCCGCUCUCGGCCGACCAAGAAGCUUUCGCGCGGCAGGUGCUGCAGCAGAUCCAGAAGGAGCACGAGGAGAAGGCGCAAUUCUUAAAAGCGGAACGUGUGAAAGAGUUCACUAGAUUGAACGAGGAGCAGAAAGCACUCGAGCGGAAAACGCGACUGCAGCAGGAGGCCCUUCAAAGGGAGCAAGAGCUAUUGCGGCAAAAGGAAGCCGAGAAGAAGCGGAAGGAACUGGAGAGACUGGAGGAGAUGGCGAGGCAACGAGAAUUGGAGCGAAUUCGCGAGGCUAGGGAGAAGCAGAGGCAAGAAGAGCUCGAACGACGGCGACUCGCCGAGCUUCGUAUCAAAGAAGAGAAACGUCGCGAGGAAGAAGCCAGACAGCGCGAGGAGAGGCAAAAACAGCUGAAUUUGGAACAAGUUCUGAAGCAGCAGAGCAUCCUGGAAAGUCAACAGGAGCAUAACCUACAACCUACCAACCCCAGCUUGUCUCAAUUGCAAGAAAACGGCCAGUCUCAAGCGCGUCGUCAACAACUAGCGGACGGCACGAGACCCAAGAGGAUCCGCGGUAGACAACGUCAGCGAAUCAACCAAUAUCAAGAACAACCGAAUUAUCCCGAGGCUACGACUACACCCUCUCCCAAUCAACCUCCUCUCUCCGUUUAUAUGGGUGGUCCAAACUCCAAGUUGGAUACGGUCAGGGUCACCGACGUCCUCAGAAUUCUGAAAAACGCGAAAACCAUCGACGUAUUGGACAAUGUCGGCCCCAACUCUCCACGGGUCUUCGUUGGCCCGUCCAAUUUGGAUCCCCCUUACGGUUACGCCAAGUUCGACCUUCCCUACUUGUCGUCGAUCGACCAUAACCGAGUCGAACGCAAGGUGGACAAACUACCCUUCUUUGUGGCUCCAUUGAGUUUCGACCCACCUCCUGGCUACUCCAAGAUUCCCUUCCCAGCGCCGCAUAUCGGCUCUGUCGUUGUCAAUACGUUGUCAGAAACAUCCCCAGAGCCAGUCACACCGCCGACGGAACAAAAUCCCAGUCCUACACCGUUGAUCGAGCCGAACUCUUACAGCGAGGCCGACCAAAUCGCCGGCUUUGUUGCUACCACCGCGUCUUACGACUCACCAACUACUCAGAGUUACAGCCCGGAAUCAAGCGGUCCUAAGUACGAGUCUACUUAUUCGACACCGGCUUCAGGUUCGAGAUUUAGAUUCAGACAGUUCUACGACAACAAGCCAGCUUCCGUGGUCAGCUCGUCAUACUACGGUGAACAGUCCACCACGAAGACAAAGCCGAGGACGAAGCAAUAUUACGAGCAGGAGUCCAAAUCGACUACUCAGUUGCCCAAGGUCGACACUACAGCCAGUUACAGGCAGGAGGUGUCGUAUUCCAACGCGCCUAAUUUCAAUGAUAGAACGACAGGUUCGCACGAUCCCUCCACGAAGGAGCAAGACUUGGCGGCUCAAUUGGCGCUCAUCAAUCAAGAGCUCGCCCAGCAAAGGGAGCCUCAAAGAUACAACACCGCCGAGCAGUAUCGUCCUCAGGCUAACUUAGCUGAGGUGUAUGACGUUAAUGACGUUAGAGCGCCAGUUGGACCGGCGCAAUAUAAUUUACCGGCAGAAUUACCGCCGAUAUCACCGCACCUGCCCGGCUUGGUGAACUCCUUGUUAGACAAGCAUGAGGGGAAUCUUCUCGUUACAUCGACGCCACCGACGACUACUACGACACCCUUAACAACGACGACUACUCGCGUGAGCUCCACGACUUACAGGCCACGAGGCAGGAACAGAAUCGUACCUACGAGAGCCAGAACGACUACAACGCCUAGUAGCAGAACGAAUACGGACAGAACCCGCAGACCGUAUAACAGAUCGAAGUCGAGAUUUUCGACCACCACGGAGGAUUAUCACGAAUCCUCUUAUGAACCAACGAAGGCGAAAAUGCCAGAAACCACGCAGAAAUAUAAGACGACAGAAUAUAGGAGACCAACGUCUAGGACACAUAAGUACAGGAGCCGAGACAGAACGACUUCUCAGUCUGUGAUUCACGACAAAAAUCCGAACAUUCAGGCUCACCAAGCGGCCACUUACGAGAACUAUCCGACGCAGAGCGAUUCGCAGAGCGAUCUGCAAGCUAAUGCAUCUCCGGACGCGUAUUCACCGACGAACGAACACGCCCCCAAUCUCCAGAAGGAGAUCUCGUCGCACGGGGCGGUGAAUGAUUUCACUCGCGAGAGUUAUAUGUCAACAACACCCACGCAAACCGAAAACUAUCCACCAUUGCGCGAAGUGACGGUCCAACAAGGCGCGGCCUUAGUGUCCAACGAUUACUCCAGCAGCCAGAAUUACCCGCAAAACCGGCCCCAGGAAACGCACUAUCACGGUGGUUUCGAGCAACUCGAGAAGACCCCCGUGAACGGAUUCAAUUAUCAAGUUGGGAAUGAGGAAUCGCCGGACCAAGCAAUUCCCCAAAGACCCAACGAGUAUCCGCGUUAUCAAGUCAAGUUGGAGGACGCUAACUAUAAUCUAGCGAGCACGGAGGACCCGCGAAUCCGAUCCGGCGAGGAGCAGCGAUAUUCGCCGGUCUACGAGGUCAACGUGGCGCAAACUCAGCCUCAAGAUUAUAACACCGACGGACAAAAUCUCAUCCGCGAUCAGAUCUUGCCAUCUGAGGACGGUAAGAUUGAGAGUGGCGUGGUAAAGGCCGAUCCGAACGUUCAACCGAUUUUCGUCCCGCUUCAGCACAGCAAGCAGGAAGAUUAUGAACUGCAUAUCCCCCCUACGCAAACACCACUUGUCGAAAUCGCUACAACUAGCACAACUACCCCGGCGCCUGUGAUAAUACGUCAGCGAGUUCGAGGUCGGCUGGGCGGUCGCGGUCAUCACGAGUCCUCGAUUCAGACGCGACCACGGGGUUCUCAGGAUGAAUAUGUUCGUUUCAGCGCCGUGAAUCACGACUCCAGUCGAGGCACGGGUCACAGACCACGCGAGGGAUCGAGGACGAGGACGCGCGCACGUCCGCAAAGUCACGGGUCGCAGGUGCAAACCGAAGGCAACGAGUACAUCAAGAUACACGGCGCGCAGCAGCAAAAGUUGAUCGCCACUACGACACUGCCGACCACAACUACUGUCCCGACUACGAGUGUGCAUCCGUUGGAAGAAGACAUCGAUUACGGAUUCAUAAGACCUCCCAGCUUCCAUCCAGUACAUCCAGUACACUUGGCGGACAACAGAUUCCAGGCGCCCAUCACGUACAGACCUCCACUGUCCGAGAUACAGCACAUCAUCUCGAACGACGAAACGGCGGUGGAGUCGAGUCCCACUCACGUCCUGAAGAAUCGUCCGAAGUAUCAGCAGAUUCCGAAUCGUCGACCCGCCACGAAAACAUUCGCAACUACGACAACGAGUACGACCACGGAAGCUAUACCUAUUGAAACAACGAUGCUGGACAACACGGAGUAUACGGUGAAACCAAAAGCGAGACUGGAAGACUCCAAGACGACGAGAGUGCGCGGACGAAUUCGCCGACCGAGUAAGAAGCGCACCACCACCACCACUACGGAAUCUACGCUCGAGGCGAACAAUGAAUUACCCUUGGACGAGAACUAUCCCCGAAUUACGUCGCAACAACUCGCUACAGUCACCGAGACCGGUCAGCAGACUUUCUUUGAGGAAGACUUCGAGAUCCCGUCGCAAUACGUACCGAGUCAGAAUCGACCAGUUCAGCUUUAUGAGGAGACGACCAGCGAGAACUAUCCGCCUCAAGAGUUUAUCCUGAACUUCGACAAUCUGCCGGAGCAAGUAUCGCAACGAGAGAAAUAUGAUCAGACUCAGCUGGCCAGCACCUCGUCGAAGAAGUACAGCCACUCGAGUCACGUGAAUCCGACAGAAGACGUGAACGUGCACUCCAUGGGUGAUAUUUACGGCGCCGAGAGCCAGUGGUCCACGAAGCUGUCCAAGACGUCGUUUCAACCGAGCUUUGCCUCGAAUCGCGCGACCGACAGCGCGAAAAGAAGUCGUGGCAAGACUCGUGGCGAUAGGAACAAUGAGAACGCACCCGAGAUCAUCACGGCUGGGCCGGACUUGUCUUUCGUGACGAUGGUGGUUUCAUCCGACUAUCAGAAGCGCACGGACGACAUCGAUGACAUGGAUACCGUCUUUGGAAGAAAGACGAACGUGCCGGAACACACGGAGAAGUUGAACGCUACGUCGGCCGUGACGAGUUCGUCGAUCACGACAUUUCGGGGUAUGAUUAAAAAAGAGGAAGACGCGUCGUCGCAGACACGAGAUUGGCUGAGUAGCAAAGAAAGUAACAUCGCGAAGCAAACGGACGACUUCACGCAAACGACGAAAAAAGUCACAGACCCCCUUCCCAAUAAAAAGGGAGGAACCCGUAGAAGAAGAGUUCGCGUGCGAGUGAGACCUGCUGUGGACGAUUUCGUUACCGCCGAAUCGCAGCACUUUAAUUCCGCGGUGAACAGCCUGGUUCAAGACCGAUACAAGUACAAUCCGAUUCGCGAGUCAAAAUUCACCACUGUCCAGCCGAUCGCGACGACCGUCACCACGAGUAUCACCACGACCGCUGCACCGACGACGCAAAAAUCCUUGCUGCAGGACUUCCUGGAGGAAGUGCUGAAGAACGACGAAGUCUCUGUUCCGACACACGUCACGACCAUUCCAACUGACUUCCCCGUUUGGUCGACAUCAACGCCGAUUACGACGACUUACUCUGCGAAUAACGACGAAACCACAACUCCGAAGGAGAACACGAAAGACACUGCGGUUGUCAUGACGGUGACACCGAGUAAUCCUGAUCCGUACGAGCACACCGCAACGAGCGCAAGUUUAGACGAAAUAAAAGACGAAUCCGUUCAAGUGACAUCGCUUUCCCCCGAACAAAUUUCCCAAUUAUCGCAAGAGGCAGUCGAGGAUCCAGCAGGAGUAAAAUCGGAAGAGUAUCGAGCAGAGAAUUUCCAAGAAGACAAGGUUGACCAAAAUGAUCUAGAGAAUGUCGGCAUAAUAACACAGAGAUACAAACUGCCUUCGAACUACCCCGUCGGCUCGGAAACGUCGAGGCAAGUCGAGGACAGUACAACAGUAUUUCCGGCUGCGCGAAACAAAGGGAAGGAGCACAUAAUGACGUUGAAGAGGCCGGAGGAGAAUGUCGAGGAGAACGAGGCGCACCCCAAGAACCAUAAAGCCAAGUGGAGUGAAGUGAGAUACCCAUCGGCCUUCGACAAAUCGCAAUCCGCGCUGAAACAGCACUCCACCACGUCCAUCCCGGGUUUCAUCACGCGAAACGACGGCGAAACCAGCGUGAAGACGCUCUCGGAUUAUGUAGCGGCUAUUUUCGACAGUAUGAAGAGUGUCGACGGCCAGGGACAGGAGGAGGAGGAGGAGGAGAUCGCGAAGGUGGUCGAAGCGAAGAACGAAAGCCCCGCGGAGGACUCCUACAGAUACAACAAUAUCGCCUUGGUGCGCGAGAUCAGCGCGAUAGAGAAGAGCGGCUUGAGGACCGUCACGACCACCGACUCUUCGCGAGACGCGCACACGACACAGCAUGUCGACCUCGAAGAAAACGCGACGAGUCUUCCGGAAGUGCAGGCCGUCACGGACACGACGACGAAGGAGAGCGCGACAACCCUCGAGAGCACUGCGCCGACCCCGGACGCCACCGUGAACGCGAUCACGCCACCCGAAGACAUCAUGACGAUGAGGAUCUCCACGUCCACCGAGAAGACGACCACGCCGCUUGGCGCGGACAACGUGGAUCGAGCGAAUUCUACAAUAACGAUGCUGGGCAAAGUCCUGAGAACCUCGACCACCACCAGAGUGUCCCACAUGACGGAGAUCUGCUACAGGGGUCGAUGCGUGAUGACGAGACCGAAGAUGGAGGACGCCACGAGAUGAGAAGGAAUCGGAAUUGACGCGCGACACAGCGAUGUCGAAAGUGCCGAGGGAGAAAUUGGACAACGGACUAGGCGAACGAGCAUGGAUCUAACGAGCGAAAUCUCGCUGAGUGGAGGUUAAUUUCUGGAAAUUGAUUUCCGUGUCGUACACACUAAUCGUCCUUUCACCUAUCGAUCGAAAUCCGUCGUGUUCGCGAAUUAAAUUUUUCAGAGCUGAAAACUUCGCCAGUCACCGAAAUUGCAACCCUUAAUCAGGCGUGUAUCUUAUCGCAGAGACAACAAAAGUAUCACUGUGAAAGACAUCGACAUCUCGGUCGAAAUACCAGACGAAUUGCGAUUCAGAAUGGUGAAACAGUCACGCAUCGAGUUUUCGCUUAAUACACGUCGUGUGUACACGUAAACACAAGUUUGAUCAAUUUGUUCUCCGGGCACUCUCGUUUAUGAGGAGGAGGAGGAAGGAAGGGAGAGAGCAGAGUAUUUUAUCGCGGCUGGCAGGGGGAUAACGCAUUGUUCAAGGUGAUAUCACACACUGCGAAAUCGCCAGUGCGUUGGAGGGUUAAGGGAAAAAUAACCGCGUGAUAUUAGCCGUGAAGCAAAGCUUGUCCCCUUCCGGCAAGGAGAUUCCGCGUCGUUGGCGGCAAAUCGAUCGUCCCGACGCGUGCUUAUAUAAAAAGGACGUCGAGCAUGUAUGUGCUGGCGCCCUUUCCAAGCGAGAUCGAAGUGCGGAGGCUCGACUCGCGUUCCGCCAGCGCGAACGUGUCGCGUAGAUAGAAACCGCGUGUGCAUCGUGUCGCUUUCGGGUAUAGAGAGCUAAGUCUAUUUAAUUUAAUUACACACCGCCCCGUGUAGUAUACGUGUAAGUUAAGCGUGUAAGUAUUUUAAUAAAGAUUUGCGAAAGAGCGCAAGCCA